AUGGGUCCAGCCAGAAAAAGAAAUUCCGGAAUUGUGAAUGGCAUAGAAAACUUGCAGUUAGCCCCAACUCCUAAAGUUCCAGACACCCUCACUCAUCCUUCGGAAAGAUUCCAGGCUACCAAAAGGGCGCCAGAGGCUUUUGUGUCUAUUCAACUAGAAAAGGUGGGGCUGCGGGACAUGAUGCUGAACGCCUUCCUCCUCAGGAAACAAACGAUGGCUGACAGAAUGAAGAAUCAUGAUGAAAUUGGUAAAGUCAAGAGAGACGUUAUAGUUGAAUACUGUCAGAAACUGAACUGCCGUAUGUCUCACUAUGCUCUUCGGGGUCAGAUCAUGGCAUACUGCAAUAGCCUGAGAGCCCUGCUGGAAGAUUUCCCUGCUAUCAGGGACACCUUUUUCAUUGUGGGGCAACCACGAGAAAAGAAAGGGUUGAGAGACUCCAAGGAGGGCCUCAAGGCUGACCCCAGGAGCUGGACAGGCAAGAUCUCAGAGUGCCUCCGUUUCCUCAUCUGUAAAAGAACAAAAGAGGCAGCUUUUCAAGCCUUAAAGCUAACUCUACAGCUGAUAGCCCCUCUCCAUGACAUUGUGGCCUACCUUUUCAGUUUUGCUAAACUUGGAAAUUGCUCAACAUGUGUUAAAUUUCCUCUAAGUGCUAACCCUUUGAAAGGUGACUGGGGAGGAACUGAGGGCAUUGGGUCUGAGCUUCAAGAACUGCAGAAAAUGAUUGACAGCCUCCAGAGCCCCCAGGACCCUGCCCACGUGUCCCAGGCACUCCUCCUUCGAAGGGAGGUUAUAUUUUUGCAGUUUGAUGCUGCGGUGCGGCACCUCAUCCGAAGAACAUUUUUGGCAACUGGAAAUGCUUCUGCCUACCAGUCUGUUACAGACGGCAUGUACCAUGGAUUGCCACCACUGAGCAACUCUCUCGUGAAGAGCAUUUUUGCUUCACAGCUCAGCGUGCCUCAGCCACUAGAUCCACAGAGCCUCCAGGCAUCUGUGCUAUUCCCUUGGAGAGCAUUUCUAGAAGAUGGAGGACUGUUUCCAGUUAUGGGUAGCAGCCCAGAUACCCUAGAGUAUAAUAUGCAGCUGUGCCUCUGUAGGCUGAGUGACCAUGAUCUGAAGGUGGCUCAUGGAGAGCUGGUGGGCAUGCAGCUGCUUUUGGAAGAUGUGCUUCUGAGCAACUAUCAUAUGAUCAUGGAGGAUCAUGGAGGAUCCCCCCAGCAAGACACACUGGACAAAAACACACAGCCAGAUUUGUCCAGAGUGCCAGGAUUCAGAAGUCAGUUCCAAAGCAGCCCCAAGGUCUCCGAGCUGCUGAGGGGCCCAUGCAAUACGAUGAUGUCUCUUGCUUUCCUGAGAUCAUUUCUGGUGCUGUGGAAGCAGCUGGAAGUGCUGAAGGACCACUGGGGCCAGCUCAAACUGCAAGGCCAGGAUGGCAGUUCUGUCUCCCUCCACAACCAGUUCUCAGAACUCUACGGAACUGACAUCCUCUACCCCAGCAUGAAAGCUAUAGCUAGGCGGAUGGGGAAAGAAGAUGAAUUUGAAGAUCUCAUAAUAAGUAGUCAGUCUAUUCUUCCCCCUGAAGGAGCUUCAGAAAUUGAAAUAAAAAUUCAACAGCUUCAGAAGCUUCUGGAAAAUCUUGAAAUUCAUAUGAUCCAGGAAGUAUUAAGAAAAGUUAAGACAGAAAGAGCACUGGUUGUAUCAGAAAAGUCCAAGGACCAGGGUACUCUCCCUACAGACCUUUGGAAGCACCAUGUCAUGAAAGAAAACUUUUCAGUUAUCAGACCACAAAUAGUUGAAAAAUUUGUACAGAGAUUAAUGGAAAAUUACCAGGAUGGUGGACUAGAGAUCACUUUCAGGAAAGAGCACCUUGAGGCCUGCCUCCUUUCCCUGGGUUGUGAUGUGAUGGCAAGAGAACGCAGCAACUUCGAGAGCUACUCCAUGUAUUACGAGCAUGUGUUGGAGCAUGCUAGGCAGAAGCUCUGCCAGAAAGAACAAGAAUUAGAUCUUAUACGAAGAGGUUCGGGUCCUCCUGAAGACAAAGCUGGUCAGGUUGCAGAGCUCAGUCAUAAUAUGAUCAUGGAAAUCACUGCUCUGAGAGCUCGACUCACAGAUUUGGAAGAAGAAAAUCUGAAUCUCAAAGAGAAGAUUAGAAAAGAAGUCCAAGAAGAAUAUGAAGCAUUAGUUCAGGCUCUGUUUAUGACAUGUUUAGACAUAAAAGAAAAACUGGAUGAGAAUCAGAUGAAUUUGAUCCAGAAAGUGUGUGAGCUCAUUGGCGAAGUAAGAACAGAAGGGAUUGACAAUAUGAAGGCCCUAAAGAAAAAAUGGGGCUCUGCCAGACCUGAUGAAGGAAUGAAAGAAAACCCAGCCAAAGAGCAGCUGCACGCCUUGGAGCAAGACAACUGCCGCCUGUCUGCCCUGGUGUGCAAAGUGAGGAGCCUGGGCCACUGGAGGUUGGCUGUGCAGCGGGCUCGCUUCCAGGGCCAGCUGAACAGGGCAGAGAAGGAAGCCAUGCAAAGUAAAAAAGAGUGUUUGACCAUCAAGCUGAUGGCAGAACGAGAAGCGGUUUUAUUUCAUCAGCAGUUAGGGGUGCUACGGCAGGCCCUGGCCGGGGCUCAGGCCGCCAACACCAGGAUGCGCAAGCAGCAGGAUAACCAGGCUCGAUUGCUGAGAGAGCUGCAACACAGAGUGACCGAGGAAGCUCGCCACAGGCAGCAGCUGGAUCUAAUGAAGGCCUCUGGCAUGGAGAAGCUCUUGGAAGAUGUGCGGCAAAAGGACCAGCACCUGCAGCUCCUUACUGAAGAGGCAGAGAGGGCUUCGAAACUGGGCCGGCUUCAGCAGAAGAGAACUCAGACAGAACUCCGACAGCUGAGAAGCCGGCUUGUCCAGGAACGCAGUGUGAAGCUGGAUGCUUUCCAGCGCAUAGAAGAGCUACAAAGUCAGCUUAAUGACGCUGAGCGAUUGUCUGUCCAGAUGAGCUCACCAGGCGGACUUAUAUCUCGGGCUCAGUACUCCCUGAGUUCUGCUUCCACAUCAUUCAGAUACUCCCAGCAACACCUUUUAAAGACUAAUCUUAUGAGCAGUAAAAUAACAAGAAGGAUUCAAAGGCCAGAAACUGUACCUAUUAAACACAAAAAAAGGAUUGACAACGUCUUUCUACCCAAUGUGGUAGAAAAUCUUCACCUUUCAGCUUUUCAAGUUCACACGGCUCCAUCCAUAAUCCCAGAAGGACCCAACUGGUAA